GUGUCACGUGACCAAGUUUAACAAAAGGAAAAAGCUAUUCCAAAUCUGUGCUACAGGCAGUCAGGCAUUGCUACUGAGGUGAAUGCAAACACACUUUGAAACAUCAGGAUGUUCUUUUCUCUGGAAACUUGGAUCUUUGUUAUUCCUGUUCUAAUCCUGAUUUAUAUAUUCAGAAUGGGUAGUGGUGCAUCUGUGGACAGCAAUGUUCACGUUUUGAUUGUUGGAGGUGGCUUUGGAGGCAUGGCUGCUGCUAACCAGCUGAAAUCAAAGGGGAUCCCCUUCACACUUGUAGACAUGAGGGAUGCUUUCCACCAUAACUGUGCUGCACUGCGAGCAUCUGUCGAAAAAGGUUUUGCACAAAAGACUUUCAUACCAUUCUCGGUCACAUACGGGGAGAAAUUUAAGCAAGGCAAAGUGCUACAAAUCAAACCAGAAAGCCAGACUGUGACACUGGAAGGUGGAGAGGAUAUACAUUACACUCAUUUAAUUAUUGCAACUGGGAGCCAAGGACCUUUCCCUGGGAAGUUUAAUGAGACAGUUUCCCGGGAAGAAGCUAUUCAGGCUUAUGAGGAUAUGGUAAAGGAGGUUCAAAAGGCUGAGAAGGUCAUUGUUGUAGGCGGUGGCUCUGCUGGUGUAGAAAUGGCAGCAGAAGUGAAGACAGAUUAUCCAGAUAAAGAGGUGACCAUCAUUCACUCGCAUGAAGAUUUGUCAGACGCUGAGAUGCAGCCUCGUGUCCGAAGUGCAAUAAAAGACAUUCUGUUGAAUAAAGGGGUACACCUAUUAUUAGGACAUAAAGUGACCAACCUAAACCAACUUGCUCUGAACAAAACCCAGGAGAAUGUCACUGUGGUGACAGACAAGGGCCAAGAGGUGACUGCAAAUCUCGUUAUCUGCUGCACUGGGAUAAAAAUAAACUCAGAUGCAUACAGGAAUGCAUUCCAUGAUAAGUUAGCAACUGAUGGAGCACUGAAAGUCAAUGAUUAUCUCCAGGUUGAAGGAUUUUCCAAUAUCUAUGCUAUUGGUGACUGUGCUAAUGUCAAGGAACCCAAAAUGGCAUAUCAUGCUGGUUUACAUGCAAAAAUCGCAGUGGACAACAUUGUUAAAAGUUUGACAGGAACGACACUAAAACCUUACAAAACAGGUACAGUAAAACUGUUAUUUUAUUUUUUAAAAUUUGAUAACUGGAUAAGUGAGCUCGCUGAUCGACCCUUUUCGCACACAACUAUACAAUAA